UCCUCCACAACAGCUACAACAACAGCAGUGCCCACAAUAACCUCUACAACACUUGCCGAAUCAUCCACUAGUACAGCAGGAGUUACCACAACAGCACAAGAAACUACUGUUACAACAACCGAAUCCUCCACAACAGCUACAACAACAGCAGUGCCCACAACAACCUCUACAACUCUUGCUGAAUCAUCCACUAGUACUGCAGGAGUUACCACAACAGCACAAGAAACUACUGCUACAAGAGCGGAAUCCUCCACAACAGCUACAACAACAGCAGUGCCCACAACAACCUCUACAACUCUUGCUGAAUCAUCCACUAGUACAGCAGGAGUUACCACAACAGCACAAGAAACUACUGUUUCAACAACUGAAUCCUCCACAACAGCUACAACAACAGCAGUUCCCACAACAACCUCUACAACUAUUGCUGAAUCAUCCACUAGUACUGCAGGAGUUACCACAACAGCACAAGAAACUACUGUUACAACAUCUGAAUCCUCCACAACAGCUACAACAACAGCAGUGCCCACAACAACCUCUACAACACUUGCCGAAUCAUCCACUAGUACUGCAGGAGUUACCACAACAGCACAAGAAACUACUGUUACAACAACCGAAUCCUCCACAACAGCUACAACAACAGCAGUGCCCUUAACAACCUCUACAACACUUGCCGAAUCAUCCACUAGUACUGCAGGAGUUACCACAACAGCACCACAAACUACUGAUUCAACAACCGAAUCCUCCACAACAGCUACAACAACAGCAGUGCCCUCAACAACCUCUACAACACUUGCCGAAUCAUCCACUAGUACUGCAGGAGUUACCACAACAGCAGCACAAACUACUGAUACAACAACCGAAUCCUCCACAACAGCUACAACAACAGCAGUUCCCUCAACUACCUCUACAACUGUUGAUGAAUCAUCCACUAGUACUGCAGGAGUUACCACAGCAGCACAAGAAACUACUGUUACAACAACAGCUACAACAACAGCAGUGCCCUCAACAAUCUCUACAACUGUUGCUGAAUCAUCCACUAGUACAGCAGGAAUUACCACAACAGCACCACAAACUACUGUUACAACAACUGAAUCCUCCACAACAGCUACAACAACAGCAGUUCCCUCAACUACCUCUACAACUGUUGAUGAAUCAUCCACUAGUACUGCAGGAGUUACCACAGCAGCACAAGAAACUACUGUUACAACAACAGAAACCUCCACAACAGCUACAACAACAGCAGUGCCCUCAACAAUCUCUACAACUGUUGCUGAAUCAUCCACUAGUACAGCAGGAAUUACCACAACAGCACCACAAACUACUGUUACAACAACUGAAUCCUCCACAACAGCUACAACAACAGCAGUGCCCACAGCAACCUCUACAACUCUUGCUGAAUCAUCCACUAGUACUGCAGGAGUAACAACAGCAGCACAAGAAACUACUGUUACAACAACUGAAUCCUCCACAACAGCUACAACAACAGCAGUGCCCUUAACAACCUCUACAACUGUUGCUAAAUCAUCCACUAGUACUCCAGGAGUUACCACAACAGCACAAGAAACUACUGUUACAACAACAGAAACCUCCACAACAGCUACAACAACAGCAGUGCCCUUAACAACCUCUACAACUCUUGCUGAAUCAUCCACUAGUACAGCAGGAGUUACCACAACAGCACCACAAACUACUGUUACAACAACAGAAACCUCCACAACAGCUACAACAACAGCAGUGCCCAUAACAACCUCUACAACUCUUGCUGAAUCAUCCACUAGUACAGCAGGAGUUACCACAACAGCACCACAAACUACUGUUACAACAGCAGAAUCCUCCACAACAGCUACAACAACAGCAGCGCCCACAACAACCUCUACAACUCUUGCCGAAUCAUCCACUAGUACUGCAGGAGUUACCACAACAGCACCACAAACUACUGUUACAACAACUGAAUCCUCAACAACAGCUACAACAACAGCAGCGCCCACAACAACCUCUACAACUCUUGCUGAAUCAUCCACUAGUACAGCAGGAGUUACCACAACAGCACCACAAACUACUGUUACAACAGCGGAAUCCUCCACAACAGCGGAAUCCUCCACAACAGCUACAACAACAGCUACAACAACAGCAGCUCCCACAACAACCUCUACAACUCUUGCUGAAUCAUCCACUAGUGCUGCAGGAGUUACCACAACAGCACAAGAAACUACUGUUACAACAACAAAAACCUCCACAACAGCUACAACAACAGCAACUUCGACACCAACAGAUUCAUCCACAGUCUUAACAUCUAUAACUGGUACAUCCACCAGUAGUGAGGCAGUCACCACAAAUGUGACACAAUCUAAACCUGUGGUGUCUACAGCUGCAAUAGUUUCUAAUUUAUCUACCCCUUCUACAGAAUCUAAAACAUCUACAACCUCUACAGCAUCUACAAAUUCUACAACAUCUAUAGCCUCAACAGCAUCUACAACCUCUACAGCAUCAACAAACUCUACAAAAUCUAUAGCCUCUACAGCAUCUACAACCUCUACAGCAUCAACAAACUCUACAAAAUCUAUAGCCUCUACAGCAUCUACAACCUCUACAACAUCUAAAACCUCUACAACAUCUAUAGCCUCUACAGCAUCUACAACCUCUACAACUUCCACAGCAACUACUGCAAAAAUACCAACUGAAGUGCUAACAAAUCUAGAGUUUAGCUCUAAUGAGACAUUUAUCAGUGCACUCAGUAAUCAAACCAGUGAGGAGUUUAAGAGUAGAUCUAAACUUAUCAAGGAUGAGCUUGAGCCUGUCUACAAAACUAAGUAUUCUAACUUCCUCAGAUUGAUUGUCCUAGGAUUCAGACCAGGCUCAAUCAUCGCAUCAACACAACUAGCUUUCAGCUUGAACGAAACUAUCCCAUCCGUUCAAGAUAUUUCAAAGACUCUCUUGACAGCAGUGGCAACAGGAAAUGUGACUCUAUUGAAGAUAAUCCCCGAAUCAGUGUCAGUCAAUGGUUCAGCUACAACUGUUGCUCCUGCAGCAAGUACAGCAACUACAACAACCACAGCAACCACAGCAACCACAGCAAAGACAGCAAUCACAGCAACUACGGCUUCGAGCGGAUUAAAGAUAGAAUCCACUCUUUUCCAAGCAAUAUGCCUCAUUAUUAUGUCUAAAAUAUUAAGCUUUUUCCUAUAGAUCCCUUAAACAUAUAUCAACCAAACAUGAAAACUGUAACAAUGUAACAAAUUUAUUUAACACAAAAUGUAUUUAUUAUUAUUAUUAAAUGGUAUUUAGUGUUUCCCAUUUUAGCACACACAGCAGGCUGUUUUCUGGGAGGGAGAAGUAGAUCUUUUCACUCAUGCAUUUCCUUUAAAUAU